AUGGCUUCCCGCUUUCCGAGGCGCAGUGUUGACAACUGUGUUGAUGUCGUUCACGUUUCUUCUGUCAUUCGCCACCUCAAGGACCAUCUCUCCAAACGUUGUCCGCAUGUUAAAUUCAUCGAUGUUCCUGUAGGAUGCAGUCAAGGUUAGUCAAGUUAAAUAUCUGACUUGAAUAAGUUCUGAUCUGUUACAAUAAGCUUAGGCUUACUUUGAUGUUUUAAUGUGAGUUACGAAUUGUAAGAUUUUCCUACCACCCCAUACAUUUAUUAUGCAAAUGCAUACAAGUUUCGACUGUCGCGUUCCUUUCUUUAAAUCCAAAUCCUUGUUUUUGAUAUGGGGAAUCCAGGAUUCGCCGGAUUUGAAGUCCAAGGAAUCCAAAUCCAGGUUUACCGAUUUUGUGAUCUAAGCUACAAUCUUGGACAAAAUAAAAUGGAACAGCAAACCCCAAUUCCCCCCAAAUCAAGGAUGAAGCGGCGCGAAGGCCAAAAACGCGCCAUUUUCCCAUUCUUGAUUUGGGAGGGAAGGGGGGGUCUAGGUUUUCCAUUUAUUUUGUCCAAGAUUGUAGCUAUUCGAUUCAAAGUGGAUCCGAAAUUUCCAGGUAGAGUUUCUUCGAGGGUUCCAUUUGUGUUUUAAAAAUGUUCCCUCUGCAGUAAACUAGACUCGCUGAGAGUCAAUUUAACUGGGCUGCCAUAAAACUAGCCUGUGUACAGCCGCCCCGUCAACUCAGAAAAAAAUGCCCCUUCUCUGUUUUUUUCCUGAGGGGAGGGGGGGCGGCUGUACACAGGCUACCAUAACAUCUUUGUCGCGGACCAUUGCAUGACAUAGAAUCUCAUGUGACAGUGAAACAUAAACUCGUUUGGACAUUGUACAGUAGGUUUUACAGUAUCUGGACACUUCAGUUUAACAUUGCAAUGACUUUCCUUUGUUAGUCGCAAGAACUCUGAAAUUUGGCCCAAAGAAAAUCUAUUUAGUCCUUAAGAUGACGAAUUGAUAGUUUAACUUUUUUGCCUUUGUUUCCAUUGCGUAAUUAAUAUUUUUGCAGAGCUCCUAUGUUGCCCAGUAUCCCGACAGCUGGCCCAGUAUCCGGACACAACAAUAACAGCAUAAUUGUACAUAAAUUUCGAGAGGCAAGCGACUUAUAAGCUUCCAAAAAUAUGACCUAGCAUCGUGAAAUAAAACAUAACAAAUGACUGGGGUAUGGUGGGGAAUGCGAGCGACUGUUAAAUGGUAUAAUUCUUACUUCCUUGUCUAGGAACUUUUUCACUGAUUUAAGGAAGGCAUCCUUGGAUAUACCGAAGCCGCGGUUUGCAAGCUCAAUCAGCCAAUCUGCAAACGACUUUUUUCCUUCAUUUUUUAUUAAAAAAAAAAAGCUUGGGGAAGGGACCUCAAUCCGAUGGUCAAAGGACACUCUCCUAUUUGGUCUGACCUGCAGUGUUGAUUUCUUCAUGCUGAGUUCCGACAAUAAGCCUGCUUUUCUAGCACUAAUUCCUCCUUCUUUCACAAUAUAUCUCUCAAUUCCUUUGUGACAGUUUUCAGACCGUUGCAACCCCAUUCUAGAAGUCAGAACUGGGGAAAGUAUGAGAAUUCCAGGUUCAACUCCAACGCUUUCGGUGUUAUAUAGAAAAUGCAGUCACGUGAAACAAGCCGUGCACACGAAAUCAAGUUGCCUCUGAAUGAGUGAAGAAAAUUUCCUUAUGGAGUUGAGUAGAAGUACAUUUUAUGACUAUAUCAUAUAUCCUAAGCUGUAAUUAUAGCUAUAGAUACGCAAUAAAUCUUAUCCGGAUAAUGUGUGCAGCUAAUUCAUUGAUUCUGUACAGCAAAAAAAACUGUCCGGAUACUGGGCACCUGAGAGUGAUUAUUUGUCGGAAACCCAUUAACGACAGCCUAGACCAUACAGAAUUAUUGUACUGCAUGAAAAUGAUAAGUUAACCAGAACAGACAGCGAACAACUAGAAAACAACCCACUAUAAAACCCAUCAAGAUAUACAGGCUUUAUUCAACCGAGACUGAUAGAGAUGAUCAAUAAAUGAUAAUCUAUCUAUCUAUUAUAUGUUUCAAGAUUCUUUCCUUUUACUUUCUUCAAGCUAUUCAGGGCUUAUUAUAGAUUACUGUGUAAUAAUUUGAAUAUUUACUUCACGUACGAGCCAUGAAAGGGGCAAAGUCCAACACUUUCACAAGAAAACUGUGUGACUAUAUAUCUCAUGCAGACUGGCUGUUCACAGUUACAAAUUAUUGUAACUUGAACAUAUGAAGACCUCUUUAGUUUUGCAACCAAUUCCCUAAGUAAAGGCUCUUUUCUUUUAAGAAGCAUUAUUAUUCAUUCAAAAUAUUUCCCCGAUUCUAAUUGGCUAAAAGCACAUGCAUAAUUCACCAUAACCAUGCAGCUACAGAUGAUCAAAUUUGGAAGAAUUUUGAGAUUGAUCAACCGAUGACAUCAAAAGUGCAGCUUUCUUGCAGGUUAAUGCACUGUUAACUGAGAAGACUUGGGGAUGAGGUUGAGUUGUUUUGGUUGUGAAAAUAAAAAUGGUGGACAAGAGUAAGAACAAGGCUAAAUAAUAGCUAAAAACAUGGCAAGAACUUCAAGAAGACAACUCAAAGGGGGCCAUCUGCUAUUUGGAGAAUAUUUGCUGAGCUGAACAACCCUAAACAUGCACUAUGCGUCUAUCAGAGAUGAACUCAACACCUUCCUCAAUCUCCAUAGUUCUUCAUAAGAUACACAGCCUCAUUUGUUAAAUAACUUACAAAAAAUGUUAAGAAUUGUAAAGUUGCCUUUCUGUAAUCAUUAUCAUCCAUACUAGUUGCGUGACUAUUCCCUCGUUUUGGAAGUGUACUUGUAUGAAUUACUGGCAUUAAAUUAAAUUUAAAUAUCGUUAUUUGGAAAUUUUAAGCCUGUGUGAUCAAAUGCUGACUGGAUGGGGUGGCAGGCAGUUCAAGUUGAUGUAAAGCAUACCGAUCUUUACAUUGAUUUAAAUCCUAAGAUACGUUAAAGAAACGUUCAAAACCUCAUUAAUAAUUCAUGAGCUCAAUAGCCUAUCACAUCUGCUUAAAUCCAUCUUGUGCUUGUAAAACACUGUCAAACUAAAAAGCCUGGGGGUGGCAUUUGAUUUCAGUCUCAAGGGAGUGUGGGGCUGAUUGUAUUUUGCUUCAUUGAUAUUCUUUAUUUAAAAAUUUCAUCCUCAUUAGUAUUCUUUAUACAAAAAAUACUAAUAGGGAUGACAUUUUAUUUCAUUGCACGUGAUCGACCUAUAAAUAUUAAUUAUCAGCACAGCAACUGACACAACAAAUGGUGGGUGAAUAUUUAAUGUUCUUUAAAAAUAACACACACAGUAAAUUUACUAUUGCAAAAAAUUAAAAACUUUGUUCUUUCACCAAUUUAGUCUGCCAAAAGUUCAGUGACACAGCAGUAAUAUUGGCUAUAGCAGUGUCCAAGCGUUGCACUCAAGACUUGCCAGUUGUGAAAGGCUCGAGUGCUGGAUUUUUGUUUACCUACCUUUUGGCCAUUCCAGAAAAAUUUUUUCAAAGAAUACUUUUUCACUGGAAUAAUUGACUUUGAGGUACCAUUUUCAAUUAACUUCCUCUCUUCUUAGCAUUUUUAGGCUUCCGAAAAGCUCUGGAACAAGACAGUAUGUCCUCUUUGGUUAGUGUCGUUCGUAGACUGGAAAAUUUCUAAACACGUGUGUGAGAUUUGAUUUUCUUACGUAAGAAUUUCAUAUGUAAUGUUUUUUUUUCGUAUGCUAAUUUCCAACGUUCACAAAUUAAGCAUCAUUGUUAUCAACUCCAUUGAGACACACUUUUCCAGGAAUGUUUUUGAAGUUGUUCAAUAAACUCGUGGGUUGGGUUUUAUCGGGGUAUAAAGCCAUUCUGCUUUACACCCCGAUAAAACCCUCCCGCUUGUUUAUUAAACGUUACACAAAGUUUGUGACAACUUAGUGAACUGGUCAGUGUUUUUGUUAGAGGUUGAAAUGCUACAGGAAGCUAAAGUUAUAAUAACAGAUCCUAAUACAGCACCCUGUCACUUGCCAACACUUACCAAGCUUAAAUGGAUGCAGCUGACCUGGGCUGGAAUUGAUGCCGUUACUAAGCACUUUACAACAGAGCAAAAACAAUCUUUGCUGUUGACAAGAUUUGGUGGUGUAUUUGGUCCAGCCAUGGCACAGUAUGUGAUUGGCCAAAUUAUAUCAUGGGAGAGGAACUUUCCCAAAAUGUGGACUCAGCAAAAGGAAUGCAAAUGGUAACAGUAAUAAAUAUUUCUUUUCAUUUCUUAACUAUUAGAUUUCUUACACUACGACAUGGGAAAUUUCUGCAAUUGUAUUUCAGCCUAAUUUGAAAUACCUACAUGUGAAAAUUACAAAACUAUUGCGGGUAGUCGUAUAAACAAAUAAUAGCAUGAUUUGUACUUGAUAUCUGGCAUAAAUACCACUCGUGAUAUUUCAAAAUUGUCUCAAAUUUCACUCGCCUAAUGGUUCAUGAAAUUAUGUAUAACAAUUUUGAAAUAUCACUUGUGGUAUUUAUGCCAAAUAUCACUACAAAUCAUGCUAUUACCUAUACUAAUAAUUAACAAUUAAUGAAUGAAGCUGAGUAUCAUAUGGAGAAUUAUGGAGAUCGAGGAGGGUGUCCUCGGCAGAUAACACCCUCCGAGAUCUCCAUAAUUCUACAUCUGAUACGCAAGCUGAAUUCAAUAAUUGUUUUAUUAUUCAUUCAAAAUAAUUCCUACUUUAAAAACAUGGCUAAACAUGCUUACCUCCAUCGAUCCAUGGAUAUUAAGUUCAUCUUCGAUAGUGCACGUUUAAGGUUGUUCAGCUCUGCAAAUAUUCUCCAAAUAGGAAAUGUCACCCUUCGAGUUGUCUUCUUGUUGUUCUUGCCAUGUUUUAAGCUAUUUUUUUGCCUAGUUCUUUCUCUUGAAACGAGUGAAAUGUCCGCUACUUUUCAAGUUCACAGCCAAAACAACUCAACCUCGUCCCCAUGUCAUCUCAGUUAACGGUGCAUUAACCUGUAGAAGGCUGCAUUUUUGACGUCAUUUCCUCAUUAAACACAAAAUUCUUUUAUGUGUGUGCUUUUACCCUAUCAGAAUUGGGGAAAUAUUUUGAAUGAAUAAUAAUUAGCAAUUAAUGAAUGAGGCUGAGUAGGAUAUGAAGAAUUAAGCAGAUCGAGGAGGGUGUUAUCCACCGAGGCUGAAGGCUGAGGUGGAUGACACCCUCCAAGAUCUGCUUAAUUCUUCAUAUCCUACGAAAGCCAAAUUCAUUAAUUGCUUUAUUAUUCAUUCAAAAUAAUUCCUAGUUUAAAAACACAGCUAAAACAUGCUUACCUGCAUCGAUGUUAAGUUUAUCUUCCAUAGUGUACGUUUAAGUUUGUCCAGCUCGGCAAAAAUUCUCCAAAUAGCAGAUGUCGCCCUCCCAGUUGUCUUCUUGCUGUUUUUGCUAUGUUUUUAGCCAAUUAUUUUGCCUAGUUCCAGCUGUAGUUCUUACUCUUGAAACAAUUGAAGUGUCCGCCAUUUUAGUUUUCACAACGAAAACAACUCAACCUCAUCCCCAGGUCUUCUCGGUUAACGGUGCAUUAACCUGUAGAGGGCUGCUUUUUCAACAUCAUUUCCUCAUUGAACACAAAAUUCUUCCAAAUUUUGAAUUGGGGAAAUACGGCCUCGAUGGAUAAAGCCCUCCUCGAUCUUAUACCUGCCAACUCUCACGCCUGCGGGUUGAAAACUUCGAUCUCACGCAGGCUCACGCCUGCGGGCCAAUUUCUCACGCCUGAUUGAAAAAUGUGAGUUGUUGCCGUCUUGCUUGACACAAUUUUCAAAAAUAUGUUAACUCAGACCCAUGUAAGGAAUGAAAACCAUGUGUAAAAUGAAUAAAUGACAAUACCUUCCUCACGAUCUCUGAUUUUGUGGAUAAGCGUUUUCUCGAUAACUACGCCUUCGGCAGACUUCGGACGUCUUCGGAAGACUUCAGACUUCUUCGGGAAUCUUCGGAAAUGAUCGUGUCGUCUGCAAAAAUCCCAGCACUCCCAGGAUAAAAAUCUCACGCUUAUAACUCAGAAAAAGUUGGCAGGUAUACGAUCUCCAUAAUUCUUCAUAAGAUUCUCAGCCUCAUUCAUUAAUAGUCCAGUUUCGAAUUAAAAAUUACCGCUGAAUAUAAACAUUAACGACACAUUCAUACAGGGUUAGCCUCGACGUAAAGUAAAAUAUUCAGAAAUUCUGGCAAGUAAGAGUUUGAAAUUUGAAUAUACACAAUAGACAGAGUAAUAAACAGGUCUUUUUCUCGUGGGAAUUUGUGAAUAUAUUGAGAUUGAGGCUAAGGCUGUAAAAAAUGCGUCUUCACUUCUUUAAUUCAGCGGUCAUAGCGAACUCGAAAAUGGGCUAUUGUUAUUAUUAUAUAGACACGAGUGUUUUACUGGAAAAUAUACCACUCACAAAAUUCUUAAAAACUACAUCUGGGACCUGAGUGGUUUAUUUUCCAUAAUCUCACACAUGAAGUUUAUCGAUGAUGUAAUUUCCCUUCGAAAUUUGUAGGUGUCUUGCGUCUUUUGAAUUUUACUUACACGUUUUUCAAAGCUUUCCUUAUAUUUUUUCAUUGUAGAGUCCUAUUCAGCUCAGUGGUUUUUCUCAACAUUAUUGUAAACAAUGCCUUAUAUUGCUGCACUGUAAAUUUGAGCCGUCACGAGUAUACUUUUUGGCGAAUAAAAAUCUAUCAUUUUAUCAACGUCUUUUUGUCUAUAUAAUAAAAAGAACAUUACACGGCGGCUUGAAGAUAUGAAUUUUAUUUUCUCUUGGCAAAAACAAUAUUUUACUCACUCGCUACGCUCAUUCGUAAAAUAUUGUUUUGCCACUCGAAAAUAAAAUUCAUAUCUUCGUGCCACCGUGUAAUAUCCUCUAUUUAUUAUUCAUUCAAAAUAUUUCCCCAAUUCUGAUUGGCACAUGCAUAAUUCACCACAACCAGUAAUUGAUGACCAAAUUUGGAGGAAUUUUGUUUAAUGAGGAAAUGACGUCAAAAAUGCAGCCCCCUACAGGUUAAUACACAGUUAACUGAGAAGACCUGGGGACGAGGUUGAGUUGUUUUUGUUGUGAAAACUAAAAUGGCAGACACUUCACUCGUUUCAAGAGUAAGAACUACAGCUGGAACUAGGCGAAAUAAUGGCUAAAAAAAUGGCAAAAACAGCAAGAAGACAACUACUCAGCCUUAUUCAUUGAUUACUAAAUUAUGCCUGUUUCUGUCUGUUUGGUACAGGCUGUUCAUUAGGCAUCGGAGAUGGGAGAAUUCUCUGUUUACUAUGCUAAAUUCUGCGGCUAACUUUCGGUAGCUAAGCCUAUGACUAUUUUUUAUUCAGGUGUGGAGCCUCUUUCAAAAUAUUCUCCUGUAAUGUUACAUCUUUCUCCUACUACUAGAAUUCUUAACGAAAACUCUGUUGGUACCUGCAGGGCCGUCAGUAUGAGCCAGGGGCCGGCAAUUUCCCCCGUCGGUUGCUAUGAGCGUGCCUCCAGCUAAUUUCAAAGGAAGAACAAGAAAAAUAGAACCAAAAGAACUUCCUAGCUAUUUAAGUCUGCCCCUACUAACUCGAGAUCUUUGUGACAACCCUGGGUACCUGGCUUAGCAUGCAGGUGCAGAUGCCUCUUUUGGCUUUAGUUUCACAUGACAGAAAAGGUGUCUCCCCUUGCAGGCUAUACUUGGCUAAUGUGUGCUUUUAAUGAAAACACACUGGUGUGAUGUCUUGUUUCCCUAGACCCAGCAUAAGUUUCACAGUAUGUGAAGUCUUAACUAGUUAUUUGUUAACUUCUUUAAGGGACCGUGAAUGGCAGCAUACUGACUGUUAUCGUUUGAUGCCUCAGCUCUCUAUUGGAAUUCUUGGACUUGGGGAUAUAGGAAAGGCAGUGGCCAAAGCAUGUAAAGCUUUAGGUAUGAAAGUCUGGGGCAUAGGACGUCGAGAGAGAUCUGCAGAUGUACCAUCUUUUGUGGAUCACUAUACAACUGCAUCUAGUUUACCUGAGGUGCUGCAGUCAUGCAAUUACAUUUGUAAUAUAUUGCCAAGUACACCUGCAACUAAAUACCUUCUAUCUGGAAAUGUACUUGAGAGUUGUAAAGACAAUCAUCCUGUCCUUAUUAAUGUUGGUAGAGGAGAUGUUAUAGAUGAAAAAAGUCUUGUUCAUGCAUUAAAUCAAGGCUGGAUAUCUGGUGCGAUUCUGGAUGUAUUUGAAGUUGAACCACUACCAAAGGAAAGUGUUUUGUGGAACAUGCAGCAAGUAGUAAUCACACCUCACGUCUCUGCACUUUCAUUUCCUCAUGAGGUAAGUAGAUUUGAAGGUGUAAACUGUUUUAGGGUUGGCCAACAAUAAUUAUUAUUGAGGUUGAAACUACGGUGGCCCAGAAGGGUCACACAUGCAAAUUAAAAAUGUUGCUGCAAACUAAAAAUUUCACCUGCAAAUUAAAAAUGUUGCUGCAAAUUAAAAAUAGGACAUGCAAAUUAAAAAUUGUACAUGCAAACUAAAAAUAUUACAAACAUGAAACAUGAAUGGGCCGGCGCACGGCUCGGACCAGGUCCUCAUCACUCAUACUGCGUGUGCAGGACUUUUGAUUUUUAAUUUGCAUUGAUAUGUUUUCUAUUUUCAAUUUGCAGCACAAUUUUUAGUUUGUAUGUACUAUAUUUAAUUUGCGGGUAAUAUUUUUAGUUUGCAUGUACAAUUUUUAAUUUGCAUGUAUGACCCUUCUGGGCCACCGUAUGAACCUCUGUUAAGCAGUUGAAAAACCAUAACAUGUUGUGAGGCUUUUAAGAAUGCUUAAUGCUAUGGUCUCUCCUGAAACAGCCAUUCUUAAUCGGAACCGGCAAAACAAAUAAAGCUUAAGUAUGCCUACCAAAGAAGAAUAAAGGAAAAUAGAUAAAUAUCCAAAGAAAGCUUAAUGGCUGUGUUAUACUUUGCAGUUUUGAAAUAAGCUGCUGCUCUUGUGUAUCAAUCCAUAUCUGAGGGCGGUACACAUAUUUUACAAUGGUAUCGACCAAUAGAUUGAGGAGUUUACCAUUUGUACUAAUCGGACGAAUUAGACGGCUUCCUAAGCAAAUCAUGAUUUUUUGCCAAUGGUAUGAUUGGUGUUACCCUGCGAGCAGAGGCUACAUUUUCGCGGAAUGAGCUGGCGUGCGCCAGCUCAUACCGCGCAAAUGUAGCCUCUGCUCGCAGGGUAGAUUGGUGUGGGCAUUUUGACGAGUUUUCACGGAUGUUAUUUGCUAAACACCACACUUUAAGUUCCUGUUGUCGGAUUUUCACUAGUAGUUCUAGAUCGCGCGAAAUUGGGAUUUAAUCGAUUUCAAAGUUUUUUUGUUUAUUGUUGUCAUAGUAAUAUCGAUUUUACUAAAAACUGCAUUUUGACAAACCUCAAUUCUUAGUCAAUCACUGGUGCAAAUUUUGUGGCGAUCGGACAUGGAUGAAAUCGCUUCAGUUUAAGGCGAUUGAAAAAGACAUCGGUAUGGUCUCCGAGAAACUGUAUCGAAACACCCAAGACACACGUGAUCAAAAGGUAUAUUAGAGGGAGGGGAGGCAGAAAAAGGCAUUGCGAGUUAUAACAUUUUCGUUGUAUAAAGCACCCUCUCGUCCACUCCCUGAAUAUUUGAAUCGGAUUUCUGCUCAGAAAAUACUCAGAUCCACAACCAUUUAACAAAUAAGUCUACUUAUCGUCACAAAAAGUUUAAUAGGACAAAUCUAGCUGUUUACUCGACACAAAAUAAAGUAAUAAAUAUUUGGAACAAUAUUCCAAACGAAAUAAGGCAGUCUAUUUCGUUGGAAGUAUUUAAGAACAAAAAGGAAAAAAAGGGAUACUAUCAGGCCUACCGGGUAAUUGUAACUGAAUGUAAUCUAAUUUCUGUCCAGGUUACCAUAAUGGAUUAAUUUUACAUGUUGAUUCUGAAAAUUUAAUAGAUACAGUCGACUCCCGAUAACUCGAACCUUUAAGGGAAAUCGAAAAAAGUUCGAGUUAUUAGGGGUUCGAAGAAUAUAGUCGGGAGUUAGGAAAACUGCACAGUGACACCGAACUUUUCAUGAGCCGAACCUAAUUCGAAUUAAGGCCGACCAAAAUUAUUUAGACCGACUGAAUUGAUUUAGAUGCCUAUCUUAAUUUUAGCUGAACUAAGAUCAAAAGGACAAAAAUGCUCAUUUCGGUCAAACUGCUUACAAAAUACGUUACAGUAUGUGGUCCUUGUUCCGCGUGUAAAAGUCAUUAACUUGAAUUUCUUACCCGAAUCUUCAUGUAACGAGCUGAAAUACUCCCUGAAGAUAGUUUUUAUGUUCCUGUCGAUAAUCCUGAAGUUUCAAGUUCCAGACAUAAAUAUUUGCUUGGAAUUCGUAAAAAGGCGACCGUUUUCGAUGGUCCUUGGUCCGCGUCUCAGGCAAGCAGCACGAUAAAAACGUAAAAAUGUUAUAGUUUCCACACGAAAACGUGAUUUUCACAGUAUUUCUUGUAUUUUUUUCUUUUCUUGAUGCAAUUAAGUAUAAGUUUUUUUCGGAAGAUGUUGUGAGCAUAAAAUAAUCUGCUUUUUUUUCAAAGACUUCAGACAACAGUCUCCUCGAGUCUCCCACACGAGCGUCGACGACCGGUUUUUAGCGCGGUCGAAAAUAAUUACCAAAAACUCUGUAUGUACUCGAGGUGUUAUAAAAGAGAACUUUAGACAUGUAUAGGGACGACUUUCAAAACAUUCUUCGAAAACAAAGGCCGUCGCUUUUUACUUUUACUAAGCGAAAUUUGGUGAUAUUUUUCAAGAGUCGCUAAAGCAAAAAAUUCAGAGUCUACAGCAAUAUACUUCCAACAGCAAAAAUAAGUUGUUCUGCAAAAAGGCAAGUCUUCCCGUUGCGUUUUAGUUAUUCGCAGGCUAAGUAAACAUGACCACGUAAUUUACGGUACCGCAAAAAUCCAAACUUCAGGAAAGACAAAUUAACCUACCUGUCAACAAACUUUAAUUUCGCGUCCUCACCCGCACCAAGAUGGCUGAAACUUUAACCUGAGAUCAGGCUCUAUUUUCGUUUCGCUUUGAAAAUUACAUUCCAGCGGGCAAGACGAAACGAAAAGAGAGCGGUAGCCGUUAGAGAGAAUGUAUGAGAACCGGUCAACUAUUGGGCCUGAUCUCAGGUUACUGAAACUUCGUCAUAUGAAAGAAUGCUAAUCAGUAAGUCACGAUAUCUUUCAUUAUUCAACGUAUUUUUUUUCCUGACGAAAUAUUUUAUCAUUUUCGGAAAAGACGCGGACUAAGGGCAUCGGGAACUUACGCGGACCAAGGACCACAUAUGGCCGGUAACCGGUCAAGGUUUUCAAAAUACUAAAUGGCCGGCAGUUCUAUAUUCUCAGUAAAUUUCACAAAAUCGAAAGGUUCCAGCUAAUCUAAACUAUUUCAACUAUUUCAGUGUUUUGAAAACCUUGACCGGCAGUCGAGCUGAAAAGUGUCACAAAACAUGGUUCAGCGUAAACCAAACGCUAGACUUGACUUCUGUAAAGCAUUUCAGGAUCGCUUGACUUUUCUAAAUCGACAUAUGAUAGUUUAGAUUAGCUGGAAUCUUUCGAUUUUGUGAAAUUUACUGAGAAUAUAGAACUGCCGGCCAUUUAGUGUUUUGAAAACCUUGACCGGCAGUCGAGCUGAAAAAAUUUCUAAGUGUCACAAAACAUGCUUUCCGCCUCUUAGCCCAGCGCAAACCAAACACUAGACUUGAGAUCUGUAAAGCAUUUCAGGAUCGCUUGACGUUUCUAAAUCGACAUAUGAUAGUUUAGAUUAGCUGGAAUCUUUCGAUUUUGUGAAAUUUACUGAGAAUAUAGAACUGCCGGCCAUUUAGUAUGUUGAAAACCUUGACCGGUUACCGGCCAUAUAGCCACAGCGUGAAUAUAGAACUGCCGGCCAUUUAGUAUUUUGAAAACCUUGACCGGUUACCGGCCAUAUAGCCUCAGCGUACGUGAAAAGUUCGGCGUCUGAAUCAAAGCCGUUCCAACGUCGCUUCAAAGGCGAAAUUCCCGGCCGGGCUAGCCGAAAAGAACGUUCCUAAUUGAUUCAGGCGCCGAACUUUUUAUGUAUUUAAUUCAAUGUAUCAGGUUCGGCUCAUGGAAAGUUCGGUGUCUGAACCGGGCCUUAAUUGUAAAAAUGUCAAGUGAAAUUAAAACAAAAAAAAGAUACUUCUAGAUUACCUGAUAAAUCAUAACGUAACGUAACAAAACGUAGCCUAAAUAGAGCAUGCGUUUUACUGUUUUGAGACUAAAAAAGGUAAAGCUGUCUCACGUUAGAUUUGUGACAAACAACAUCAGCCUCCACUAGUAAACAGGCAGGUACAAAAGUCGGACCGGAUCAACUCGGACCGCCAGUCCGGGUCGGAUCAACUCGGAUCGACUCGGACCAACUCGGAUCGAAUAAAAAAAGAAAAAGAAAAUAAAAUUGGACUCGGAUCAACCCGGAGAAAUCAAAAAAAUUAAAUUAAAUCAGCAAAACUGAAAGUUUAACCUAUUUGGAGGGUAAAAAAGGCCAGAUGAUCCUUUUUUUCUCCGUGGCUUUCAGGCGCCAUUUUGUUUUACUAGUGCCAGUUCCUCUCGGAUUAUGCUAUAGUUGCGUUACACGACGCGCUCUGCUUUACAGAUAUGGAUGACCUCGAGGAAGGUAAAAUCUCGACCAUCUUUCUCAAUGAAUUUGCUUCAUUCCAAGAAAAUGAUAGUUUCAGUCGCCUAGAAUAUAUAUUUGCUUAUUUUUUUAUUUUAUUGUAGCUUUUUGUCACAAAGCAAAGAAGUUGAGGUGAGCGUGAUCAUAAGUUAUGCGCAUAAUUUUUGAUUAAUAAGUGUACUGAAUUAUUUAUGAGAAAAGCAUCAAAAGCCUGGUCUGUUGAUCGCAUUUAGAUAGUAUAAUACCGAAGAGUGUUUGUUUGUUUGUUCCUGUUUGUUUUUUUUCUGCAGGACUUCUGAAACUUAAUUUUAAUGAUACACUAGUGAGCAGCACACAUACAUUUCCAGUGAACAUUUUCAACUUGGAAGGAGGAGAAACCAUGCUCGCCCGGGACAAAAAAAAUUUCCAUGCCCCAGGCAAGAAUCGAACUCGCGACCCUCCGGUUCAGUGGUUGGAACGUCCGAUAAACAUGUACCUUAUUCUCCUUUAUUUUCGCGGUACUUAAAUUUCGCGAAAAUUUUCGCGGCACAUUUCGCGAGUCUUUAAUUUCGCGAUCGCGGAGAAAAAUUGUGUUUGCAGGGAAUUUAAUUUCGCGAAAUUGACGAUUAAGUGACUUUAUUUUUUCUUUUUUACAAAAUUGUUCGUUAAUCAACAAUUGAAACAAAACCAAUAUGCUGUCCCUUAGCGGCAGCUGUAUUCCUCUGAGAUGUUCUCACGAACGAAACAAUAUCUACGAUCGUUACGCAAUCGCAGCUAACAAACGGCUCCGUGGUUGCUUGGCCGAUUCGAUUAUGGGCCAUUUGCUCAGAGAGAUUUCUAGGGCUACUAGCUUUUUCUUAUUGAGAGGUGGGAUGGUUCAUCUUAAAGUUUCUGAUGAAAACUAUCGUCGAUCCCCAUUGAUUCAGAGAGGUCUGGAAUUCCUUUUUAGGUGAAAUGUGAAAUGGACGAUACACCAAGCAACAGGGCAAUAAUGGAAAGAUGCAAGACACUCGUAACUACACACUACAAGGAGCCGGGACAGGAUGGUCAAUUUGGCGACUGUACAAAGGAUGUAUUGGAGGAACUGUGCGAAGAUGAUUACUCAGAUGCCGAAGAAGAACUUGAGGCGAAUCUUGACACUGAUUAACAUCUAAAGUUGAUAGAUGAUAGCUGCUUGUACUAGCAUGCACCUUGUGUUAAAAAUUUGUUAGGACCCUUGAAAACACCAAUACAUGAUUUUUCUAUGUCCAUUAAAUUUCGCGAGAUCAAAGUUCACGGUCGUUAUUUUUCGCGGGUCUUUAAGUUCGCGAAUUUUUUAAAAUCGCGAAAAUCGCGAAUUUAAGAACCCGCGAAAAUUAAGGAGAAUAAGGUAGUAUGCGGAGGGUCGUGAGUUCAAUUCUCGCCUGAGGUACGAAAAUUUUCGUUGUCCCGGGCGAGCAUGAUUUCUCCUCCUUCCAAGUUGAAAAUGUUCACUGGAAGUUUACGUGGGCUGCUCACUAGUGACACCGAACUUUUCAUGAGCCGAACCUAAUUCGAAUUAAGGCCGACCAAAAUUAUUUAGACCGACUGAAUUGAUUUAGAUGCCUAUCUUAAUUUUAGCUGAACUAAGAUCAAAAGGACAAAAAUGCUCAUUUCGGUCAAACUGCUUACAAAAUACGUUACAGUAUGUGGUCCUUGUUCCGCGUGUAAAAGUCAUUAACUUGAAUUUCUUACCCGAAUCUUCAUGUAACGAGCUGAAAUACUCCCUGAAGAUAGUUUUUAUGUUCCUGUCGAUAAUCCUGAAGUUUCAAGUUCCAGACAUAAAUAUUUGCUUGGAAUUCGUAAAAAGGCGACCGUUUUCGAUGGUCCUUGGUCCGCGUCUCAGGCAAGCAGCACGAUAAAAACGUAAAAAUGUUAUAGUUUCCACACGAAAACGUGAUUUUCACAGUAUUUCUUGUAUUUUUUUCUUUUCUUGAUGCAAUUAAGUAUAAGUUUUUUUCGGAAGAUGUUGUGAGCAUAAAAUAAUCUGCUUUUUUUUCAAAGACUUCAGACAACAGUCUCCUCGAGUCUCCCACACGAGCGUCGACGACCGGUUUUUAGCGCGGUCGAAAAUAAUUACCAAAAACUCUGUAUGUACUCGAGGUGUUAUAAAAGAGAACUUUAGACAUGUAUAGGGACGACUUUCAAAACAUUCUUCGAAAACAAAGGCCGUCGCUUUUUACUUUUACUAAGCGAAAUUUGGUGAUAUUUUUCAAGAGUCGCUAAAGCAAAAAAUUCAGAGUUCUACAGCAAUAUACUUCCAACAGCAGAAAUAAGUUGUUCUGCAAAAAGGCAAGUCUUCCUGUUGCGUUUUAGUUAUUUGCAGGCUAAGUAAAGAUGACCACGUAAUUUACGGUGCCGCAAAAAUCCAAACUUCAGGAAAGACAAAUUAACCUACCUGUCAACAAACUUUAAUUUCGCGUCUUCACCCGCACCAAGAUGGCUGAAACUUUAACCUGAGAUCAGGCUCUAUUUUCGUUUCGCUUUGAAAAUUACAUUCCAGCGGGCAAGACGAAACGAAAAGAGAGCGGUAGCCGUUAGAGAGAAUGUAUGAGAACCGGUCAACUAUUGGGCCUGAUCUCAGGUUACUGAAACUUCGUCAUAUGAAAGAAUGCUAAUCAGUAAGUCACGAUAUCUUUCAUUAUUCAACGUAUUUUUUUUCCUGACGAAAUAUUUUAUCAUUUUCGGAAAAGACGCGGACUAAGGGCAUCGGGAACUUACGCGGACCAAGGACCACAUAUGGCCGGUAACCGGUCAAGGUUUUCAAAAUACUAAAUGGCCGGCAGUUCUAUAUUCUCAGUAAAUUUCACAAAAUCGAAAGGUUCCAGCUAAUCUAAACUAUUUCAACUAUUUCAGUGUUUUGAAAACCUUGACCGGCAGUCGAGCUGAAAAGUGUCACAAAACAUGGUUCAGCGUAAACCAAACGCUAGACUUGACUUCUGUAAAGCAUUUCAGGAUCGCUUGACUUUUCUAAAUCGACAUAUGAUAGUUUAGAUUAGCUGGAAUCUUUCGAUUUUGUGAAAUUUACUGAGAAUAUAGAACUGCCGGCCAUUUAGUGUUUUGAAAACCUUGACCGGCAGUCGAGCUGAAAAAAUUUCUAAGUGUCACAAAACAUGCUUUCCGCCUCUUAGCCCAGCGCAAACCAAACACUAGACUUGAGAUCUGUAAAGCAUUUCAGGAUCGCUUGACGUUUCUAAAUCGACAUAUGAUAGUUUAGAUUAGCUGGAAUCUUUCGAUUUUGUGAAAUUUACUGAGAAUAUAGAACUGCCGGCCAUUUAGUAUGUUGAAAACCUUGACCGGUUACCGGCCAUAUAGCCACAGCGUGAAUAUAGAACUGCCGGCCAUUUAGUAUUUUGAAAACCUUGACCGGUUACCGGCCAUAUAGCCUCAGCGUACGUGAAAAGUUCGGCGUCUGAAUCAAAGCCGUUCCAACGUCGCUUCAAAGGCGAAAUUCCCGGCCGGGCUAGCCGAAAAGAACGUUCCUAAUUGAUUCAGGCGCCGAACUUUUUAUGUAUUUAAUUCAAUGUAUCAGGUUCGGCUCAUGGAAAGUUCGGUGUCUGAACCGGGCCUUAAUUGUAAAAAUGUCAAGUGAAAUUAAAACAAAAAAAAGAUACUUCUAGAUUACCUGAUAAAUCAUAACGUAACGUAACAAAACGUAGCCUAAAUAGAGCAUGCGUUUUACUGUUUUGAGACUAAAAAAGGUAAAGCUGUCUCACGUUAGAUUUGUGACAAACAACAUCAGCCUCCACUAGUAAACAGGCAGGUACAAAAGUCGGACCGGAUCAACUCGGACCGCCAGUCCGGGUCGGAUCAACUCGGAUCGACUCGGACCAACUCGGAUCGAAUAAAAAAAGAAAAAGAAAAUAAAAUUGGACUCGGAUCAACCCGGAGAAAUCAAAAAAAUUAAAUUAAAUCAGCAAAACUGAAAGUUUAACCUAUUUGGAGGGUAAAAAAGGCCAGAUGAUCCUUUUUUUCUCCGUGGCUUUCAGGCGCCAUUUUGUUUUACUAGUGCCAGUUCCUCUCGGAUUAUGCUAUAGUUGCGUUACACGACGCGCUCUGCUUUACAGAUAUGGAUGACCUCGAGGAAGGUAAAAUCUCGACCAUCUUUCUCAAUGAAUUUGCUUCAUUCCAAGAAAAUGAUAGUUUCAGUCGCCUAGAAUAUAUAUUUGCUUAUUUUUUUAUUUUAUUGUAGCUUUUUGUCACAAAGCAAAGAAGUUGAGGUGAGCGUGAUCAUAAGUUAUGCGCAUAAUUUUUGAUUAAUAAGUGUACUGAAUUAUUUAUGAGAAAAGCAUCAAAAGCCUGGUCUGUUGAUCGCAUUUAGAUAGUAUAAUACCGAAGAGUGUUUGUUUGUUUGUUCCUGUUUGUUUUUUUUCUGCAGGACUUCUGAAACUUAAUUUUAAUGAUACACUAGUGAGCAGCACACAUACAUUUCCAGUGAACAUUUUCAACUUGGAAGGAGGAGAAACCAUGCUCGCCCGGGACAAAAAAAAUUUCCAUGCCCCAGGCAAGAAUCGAACUCGCGACCCUCCGGUUCAGUGGUUGGAACGUCCGAUAAACAUGUACCUUAUUCUCCUUUAUUUUCGCGGUACUUAAAUUUCGCGAAAAUUUUCGCGGCACAUUUCGCGAGUCUUUAAUUUCGCGAUCGCGGAGAAAAAUUGUGUUUGCAGGGAAUUUAAUUUCGCGAAAUUGACGAUUAAGUGACUUUAUUUUUUCUUUUUUACAAAAUUGUUCGUUAAUCAACAAUUGAAACAAAACCAAUAUGCUGUCCCUUAGCGGCAGCUGUAUUCCUCUGAGAUGUUCUCACGAACGAAACAAUAUCUACGAUCGUUACGCAAUCGCAGCUAACAAACGGCUCCGUGGUUGCUUGGCCGAUUCGAUUAUGGGCCAUUUGCUCAGAGAGAUUUCUAGGGCUACUAGCUUUUUCUUAUUGAGAGGUGGGAUGGUUCAUCUUAAAGUUUCUGAUGAAAACUAUCGUCGAUCCCCAUUGAUUCAGAGAGGUCUGGAAUUCCUUUUUAGGUGAAAUGUGAAAUGGACGAUACACCAAGCAACAGGGCAAUAAUGGAAAGAUGCAAGACACUCGUAACUACACACUACAAGGAGCCGGGACAGGAUGGUCAAUUUGGCGACUGUACAAAGGAUGUAUUGGAGGAACUGUGCGAAGAUGAUUACUCAGAUGCCGAAGAAGAACUUGAGGCGAAUCUUGACACUGAUUAACAUCUAAAGUUGAUAGAUGAUAGCUGCUUGUACUAGCAUGCACCUUGUGUUAAAAAUUUGUUAGGACCCUUGAAAACACCAAUACAUGAUUUUUCUAUGUCCAUUAAAUUUCGCGAGAUCAAAGUUCACGGUCGUUAUUUUUCGCGGGUCUUUAAGUUCGCGAAUUUUUUAAAAUCGCGAAAAUCGCGAAUUUAAGAACCCGCGAAAAUUAAGGAGAAUAAGGUAGUAUGCGGAGGGUCGUGAGUUCAAUUCUCGCCUGAGGUACGAAAAUUUUCGUUGUCCCGGGCGAGCAUGAUUUCUCCUCCUUCCAAGUUGAAAAUGUUCACUGGAAGUUUACGUGGGCUGCUCACUAGUGUAUCAUUAAAAUUAAUAAAAAUGAAAAUAAAAUUAAUUUACGCAACCACAAGUUUGUGAGAAAAAAACAAAAUGGCGGGUGAAAGUUAAGUGAUACCGACUGAUUUUAUUUUUCUUUUUAUAAUCCGAGUUUUUUUUAUGAUCCGAGUUGAUCCGAGUCCAAUUUAUUUUUAUUUUUUUUAUUCGAUCCGAGUUGGUCCGAGUCGAUCCGAGUUGAUCCGACCCGGACUGGCGGUCGGAGUUGAUCCGGUCCGACUUUUGUACCUGCCUCUAGUAAACUAUAUGCCUACAAUACGUCAAUUGAAAAAUUCAAAAUUCAUUGUUCCCGACUUUUUAAGGACUCAAAACAUGGUUCGAGUUAUCGAGGGUAAAAUUAUCUGAAUUGUUCGAGUUAUUGAGGGUUCGAGUUACCGAGGGUAAAAUUACUAACAGUAAAUGUAUGACGGAAAUCCAGGGGAAAUCGAUUUUGGUUCGAGUUAGCGCAAGUUACAUUAAUUUUAAAAUUGCUAACCUCCGAUACCAAAACAGUUCAAUGCUUUGUUAUAAAGGUCGUAGGGGGACUGCUUAGUGAACGCCUGUAAACAAAAGGUUUUUCAGUCUUCCUCCAUUUAUUUAUAAUUGUUUUUUUAACUGCUGUAACUUGUAAUGACCAAAAUGGAAAUAAAACUUACUGAAGUAUAUGAAAAGGUAGGGAAACUAAAAGAGCUAACAAAUGCAUAGCGUUCUAAACUAGCAAUGUGAAGUGGGGUACCCGGCAUUUGACAGUAGAAGGUGCAGGAAGGAGUUCUUUUUCUGUCAAAAAUGAUAUACCGUAAAAUUCCGAAAAUAAGCCCCGGGGCUUAUAUUUUUCAAAGACCCUUUUUGAGGGGCUUAUUUUCGGAGGGGCUUAUAUUCGGAGGGAGGAGGCUUAUAUUCGGGGCUUAUAUCCCUACGGAGGGAAAUUUGGGUUUCAAAAUCGAUUGGGCUAGCCUUAUAGUUGGAAGUAAAUAAUUUACCGUUCUUGCUUUGUUUUACUUUAUAUUUGAGGGCAAUUUUCCAAGUACAAGCCCCCAGGGAGCUUAUAUUUGGAGGGGCGAUUUAACGGGGUUUUUUUGGAAGCUUUUUGCGUUACCGGUUUGGGGGGCUUAUAUUUGGAGGGGCUUUUACAUGGAGGGGCUCAUUUUCGGAAUUUUACGGUAUAAAAGGUAAGUGGUUCGAUGCGUGGCCCUCCCGGCAAAAAACUUUGUUGAUUCCUCCACCCGGUAAUAUUGAAAAGAAAUAAACUAGCAAGUAUUUAUUUGGCAGAAUACAAUAUUGUUGAAUAUGUGUAUAAUAAUAUUAUUUGUUCUGUUUAGUAUUGGAUUAUUAAUUAUUGUCUAGUUCUUGUACCAAAAGAAUUCUUUAAUAUUCCUGUCUAACAUCACGUAAACUGCAAUGUAAAAAGUGUUUUUAAUUUCCAAGUAUUUGCCACCAAAAUGUAUCCUGUAUAUCAUGAUCAGUCAUAUCUAGCUCCAUUUAGUUGGUUAGGAAGACAUUUUUAAGUUGUAAUAACCCAUCUACUGUAUCACAUCAGAAACUCAUAAGGGGUUGAAACGUGUAACUCUCAUAUGUUUGCUUUGUCCGAUGCUCGUGAUUAUUCAUUUUCGAAAGUACCAUAUUUGGAACGAGAAGGAGAGAUAGCUGACCAAUCAAACUUCGUAAACAACGUGACGUAAUUUUCCUUCAGGUUCCUGCGCCCGCUUAAAAAAAUGGCCGACAAACGGGGGAAAAACUCCCGAAAGCCGAGAAAGCUUUCAAAGGUUGAACCCAGGAAUCUAUUACCGAAACACUGAGCAGGAUAUUAUUGCCUUAUCACCCGGGCCAAACGUAACAUUAUGAAACACAUUGACGGCCUCGCAACUUCUUGAAGUUACAUGUUUAACCGGCCUAUAAACCUUUGUAUCUGCACAGAAAACUUAUACUGCAAAUAGGCUUUUAAAAUUCUUAUGUUAAAUGUCUAGAAUAAACAGUGAAAAAUAUUUUCGAAUAAAAUUCAUUAGCUGCGUAUCGAAAAGUGUCCAAAACCUGACAGAGAAGCCGUUUCUUGAAAAUUUUAUUCAAAGUCCAAAAAGUUAAUCCUUUAAAGCAAUUCGGAAAACACUAUCUGGAUCGUGGAUCCGUUCACGCAAGUGACAUCGGCUAAGCACAUGGCAAAAUUCAACACAAAAUCCAUCUCAAAUCAGGGCACAUUUUGUCAUUUUUCUUUAGCGCCGAAGAGAAAAAUUUAUAAAACGUCUAUGAAACAUUUAAAAAUACAUAAAUUCCCUUUCAAAAACUUAAUUGUCUUGGCCAUAGAGUGCAAAAUGUACCUGAAAAUUCAGCAAAAACUUCGCUGAUUUGGUUUCAUUUCAAAACAGACCAUGGGCUCCGCCGUGAAGAAAACAAGGUUGAAUUCCUCGAAGGACGAUUUCUUGAUGGAAAGCUUCCCUUUCUCCACAAAAAGAAAGCUGAGCAUUUUUUUGAACUUUCUCUUUCCAUUUUUUGUCUUUUAACGGUGUAUUUUUAACCUUGAAAUGCAGAACUCUUGUCUUAAAACAUCUGCAUGGUGAUCGCGCAGCAGCCAUUUUGUUGAAAAUGGAUAUCCGUCACUAAGGUUUCCAAAUAUGGUAAAAGUGAAUAUUCACGAGCAUUAAACGCAAGUUACACGUUUCAACCCCUUAUGCUGCCUCGUACCCAGACGUCUCUCUUUUGAUGAAAAUGUGCGCGCAAAGGAAGGCGGGAAAGAGACAACGGGCUUCGCCUGCCGUCUGUACCCUUCCCAUGGUCUCUUGCGGUUCAUCACCAGUCACUCGUUUCGCGCUCGCCUCUGCCAUGCGAAAAACGAAGCGCCUGAGGAGGAGGCUGACCCCUUAUGGGUUUCUGAUCACAUACAUAGAGAAUACUUCAUGGAAAGUGCUGGCGUACGAUAUUUACGCACGAGUUAUUAACGUAUCAGAAAUCGAACGAGUGAGCGCAGCGAACGAGUAAGAUUUCUGAUACAAGAACAACGAGUGCGUAAAUACCUUACAAAGCACUUUUCAUGUGGUAUUGUGUUUAUUAUAUACAUACUGAGACAUUCAUCUUUUUGGGGGCCUUUUUAUUUUAAAUCUUUCAAAAGUGCUAAAAUUUGCUGCUACACACUUAUCGCAAAAUGACAACGAAAACGAAGUAUCAGCAUUUUAGUAAAAACGUUUGUUAAAAACAUAAAUGACGGUGAGGAUAUGAGGUAAUCCAAGAACUAUAAGUAAUCUUAACUGUUUGUUCUCAAUGUACAAUUGAAAAUGAGUGAAUUUAAGUAAAAUGACCGGUUUCAAUAUAAGCUUAAGCUUAAAUGAAAGGCAAAGUAGCUCCGAUAAAAAGCACAACAAAGGCUUACGUCUCGUUCUGUUUAUCCCUUUCCGCUGUUGUUUCGCCGGCUGUCUACCGUUUUCUUUAUCGACAGUGAAACAAACGAAACUAUUCUACUCCACUUCCGAAAUGUUUUUCACUUUAUUAGCGAGAAAUACUCUUUGAGUAAACUUUUCUCGUUGAAUGUGUGCGAAUGAAUGCGCUGCAAGCUGCAAUAAAAGGCGGGAAUUUUGGCGCGAAACUCACACACCUCUGUGGCUUCUGAUUGGACGUAUCAUUUUUCUCACACGUGAAAAAACAUCGUUCGCGAUUCUGAUUGGACGUAUUAUUUUUUUCACGUGCGAAAACCAUCGUUCGCUCCUCCGAUUGGCUAGAACUAAUUUGCGUACGAAAAUUUGCGACAUCGCUUUUUGGUGAGUAUUUCUCAGUAUGUAUAUAAUCAAGAGCCAUAAUAGGCUCUUGAUAUAAUAAAUACUGUGAUAUGUGUCAACUGAUUAUCCAUCUGUUUUUCUUAAGGUUGCAGAGUUGUUUGCUGAGAACCUCUCCUUAUAUGAAUCAGGAAAGAAACUCCAAUUUCUUGUGGAUCUGGAGCAAGGAUACUAGGUCUAGCAGUUUAAAAAGUGUUCAAGUUUACGUUGCCAUGGAUUUAUUGAAUAGAUGGGACACCAUCAUUUUGAGUAUCAGUAAGAGUUAUUAUUUCGUGAAUAUGAGUGAAUGGAGUACCGUAAUGGU